AUGCUGUGUUCCAGAGGCAUGCUCCAGCAGUGGAGUCUAGCUGUGUUCCUGCUGUGCUCCUCUGUCCCUCUCUACGGGAGACCCAUCGAUGCUCUCACUAACAGAAUGAGGAGGUCAGUGAGCCACGCCCAGCUGAUGCACGAUAAGGGCCGUUCCCUGCAUGAGUUCAAGAGACGCCACUGGAUCCAGGAACUACUAGACCAAGUCCACACGUCCGACAGCGAGCGAGCCCCGGCUCCCCAGAGCAGGACCAAUGCCAAUGAGUGUCACAGCACCUUCAGCGGAAGCGCCCUAUCCCCCCCCAAACCCUCUGGAGGGACCAAGAACCUCCCCCUGAGCUUCCGGCUGGGAGGGGAGGGGAGCAACCUCCCGCAGGAGACCAACAAAUCUGUGGCCUACAAACACGAACCUCUGAAGGUGGUCACCAAGAGGAAAAAAAAGGUGAAGGGGGAGAGAGGGAGACGGAAGGAAAGCGAGAAGAGGAGGCGGAGGGCUCGCUCUGUAGUCACAAGUCUUACGACACAAAGAAAGGAGUUACAGAGGACACAAGACACUGGGUGA